UUCUGUUUCUGGGAAUAUGACAAGAACCAUAAAACAUUAAGCAGAGAAGUCUUAAAAUUUGUCAAUGACAGACUUGUUGACAGAGAUGACGCCGAUUGGAAAGCUGAAGUCCAACAAAAGUUCUUAGAAUGCAAAGAAGACACAUGCGCUGUUCUUGAAGAUGAAAUAGAAAACAGAAUAGAAGAGCUAUUAAAGGACAAAGACCUUUUACAAAAAUAUGGUUCUGAGAAGUUUGACAUAACUCCACCAGAGAAGAAGAAGAAGAGAGAGAAGAAAGAAAAGAAAGUAGAAGAAGAGAAGAAAGAACCUGAACCAGAGAAAAAGAAAUUUGACAUGUAA